AUGAAGUAUAUGGACUCUCUGAAAUUCGGAGCCCCAUGGGCUCUACUUAUCGUAUCGAUCGGUUGGAUUUGUUAUCAGAAUGUGCAGAUUCAGGAGUUGCAGGCAAACCGCCAUAAACGAGAGCUGAAUUCAAAUUGGUUGCCAAAAACCGAUGAUGAUACUACUAUUUUCAUGCCAAUCUACGCACAAGUGUCGAAAAAACACAUUCGAAAGGUGUGCAUGGAACACUUCCAUUCCUUCAAGCACUACCGUGAGCUGGAAAAACCAUCGACUCGCCAACCAUCCCCCUCAGUGGUGAAGGAGCUUAAGAGAAAAUGCUCUGCGGAAGUCUCAUUUGGUCAACCCGUCUUAAUCGGGGAACGUAAAAACCCGGAAGGCUGUGCGUAUUUAGACGGUGGUCACUGGCACGUCUGUGAACUAUCCCAUGGCUAUACUAUGCUAUCAUUCAAGGGGAAUCGACGGUUGAAUAGUUCGGAGACACGGGCGGUCCAGUUUCUACCGUAUCCCUUUGAUGGGACAGAUAAUAUGGUGUAUAACAACACGAUGUGGUAUAGUGAGAGUGAUCGCUUGAUAGCCUAUAAUUUGAAGACGGAGAAGUCGAACUCGAUAUAUUUGAGGACUUCCUUGGACCCCAUCUACGCCAACUCCUCAUCCCGCCUGGACGUUCAAGCCGAAGAGCACGGAAUCUGGGUUCUCUAUAGAAGACGUGACGAGAAGAUUCUCUCGGUCAGCCGGGUGAAUGUACACACAAUGCAAAUCGUUUCUAACUGGACCCUCCCUUCCAUUGACACUUCCACUAUGUGCAACGCUUUUGUCAGAUGUGCUAUACUGUACUCUGUGGAGUGUGAUGGGACAGUGACCCCGGUCUAUGAUUUCUAUAGUCAUACGUAUAUUCAAGGACGGAAAACUGUUUGGGAAGGAUUGAGUCAACCGAUUGGAAAUGUGCAGUAUGAUCCGAAUAGCAAGGCGAUUGCAGUGUAUGCGAAUGCGAAAAUUUAUAAAGUUCCUGUUUUGCAAUAA